AUGAGCGUUCGUAACGGAAAUCAGAGUACUUUCAGUUCUCCAAGUGAUAUCAUAGAGGCAUUCAAUCAUUUUUUAACAAAUGUUCCGACAAACAGAAGUUUUGAUAUGUCUUAUAAAGUGUAUAUACGUGAUUUGGCUGAUUCCACCGAUCGUUCUACACUUUCCGCUUGUAGCUCGAUGACAAAUCUUCAAUCGAGCACACCAAUUACUAUUACUUCUCGCGGAACCAUUCCCACUGUGUCGACCAGUUCAACGUUGAAUCUCUCAUCUCAAUUCUCAACGUUAUCACCUUCUACGAACAUGACAUCCACAACCUCUAGUGGUUCUUCAUUGAGUGAAAUCGAUUGUGCUGAUGACACACCACGUAAACAAAGAUCGUUGGUCGAUUUGUCCGAAUUGAACAAGCAGUAUGGAAAUGGAUAUCAGCCACCACCGCCAUCUCAAGAAACUCCUCCAACUGUCUACGAGAAUUUGGCGAUUCUUGAGGCUUCGAAAGCUCCGUCAUUCAUAGCUGGCUCAUGUUCACCAAUGUGUUCUAUUUCUUCUACCGAUAGCAAUCUUGGAAAACUUUUGAGAUCGUCGGACGAUGAUAGUGAUGACGGUGUUGAUGUUCUUAUCAAAGUUAAGGACUGCUUCGACUAA